AUGCCGUACAGCGGGAGCGUCGCCAGCCGGCGCGUGCGAGGUGUGGUGUACGCGUCGCAAUAUGUGCUGCACCCGCGCGACUCCGCGCCAGCCACCACCAGAAAGGGCCAGAGCGACCGCGGCCGGACCCCGGCGGCGGCUCCGCCCACCACGGCUCCCGGCCAAACUCCACCGCCUGACGAGGCCACCGUCUCUCGCUUGCGGACCCUUCCGGCAGAAGAGAGAAGCAGAAGACUUAUCCAGGCGGCUAAGUGGGGGGAAGUGGAGGAGCUACGGGCGCUGCUGGCGGCAGGUGCGAACGUGGCGGCGAAGGACCCGGAGGGCCGGACCCCUCUGCACUGGGCGGCAGAAAGAGGACACGUCGAGAUGUUGAGGAGUCUGAUUGAGGGUGGGCCAGACGUGGGCACCAGGACCGUAAGACGAAACGUACGUCAGGGCCAAACUCUUUGGGGCCCUCGACAUGUGAUGGGAUAUGAGGUAGUCCCUUUAGUGGAAUUUGGGAAUUAUGUGAGAGGGCAACUGCCACAAUCCGCUGAUGGACCCAACACCAGGGAUAGGUAUAUGAGGACGCCUCUGCACUAUGCAGCAGAGAACGGACGCACGGAGGCAGUGGCUUUUUUGCUUGAGGUCGGAGCCAACAAGGGGGCCACAGAUAACUAUGGGAGAACACCCCUGGACCUGGCCAGGCGGAACAGCCACCAGCAGCUGGUAGACAUUCUAUCACGGAGAUAG